AUGUUCCUCGAGAGAGGCCUGAUCGAGGGCCCACCCCUCCCCUCCGCGUCAGCAUGUGCCACACAGUACGCCUCAACUCGCCUGGUUGUGAGGUUGGUGGACCACACCGACUCGAUUAUUGAGUUCAAGAAGCUCAAAGCCAGCAGCCUCGAUCGGCUGGUGACAGUGUGUGGGACGGUGGUGCGGGUGGGUCCACUGCGGCCUCUAGUGGUGGCAAUGGAUUUCACCUGCACGCGCUGUGGCGCCAUCACCUCCCUCUCCUUCCCCGAUGGUCGCUUCACCCACCCUGCUGCGUGCGCCCAUGACAACUGCCGCAACCGCACCUUCCUGCAAAACCGGGCAGGUGCCCGGAAAAUAAACUUUCAGACAAUACGUCUGCAGGAGCUGACAAGCAGCACUGGUGGAGGCGAGGACAUGGGGAGGAUGCCGCGGGUGGUGGACUGCGAGCUCAGGGAGGACCUGGCGGAUGCAUGCCUGCCGGGAGAUGUGGUGGCGGUGUGUGGCAUUGUCAAGAUCAUCAAUAACGAGAUGGACGUGGGGGGAGGUCGGUCCAAAAAGAGAGAGCAGUGCCUGUUCCAGCUCUACAUAGACGCCAUCUCCGUUGUCAAUGCCAAUGCCCAGUCCACCGCUCCUCCAAGCCCCGCCACCACUGCAGCAGCAGCACCCGCCCCUGCCACGCCUGCUCUGCGCUCUCCUCCCUCUGCGGGUGGUGCGAGUGGAGGGGCGGUGGAGCUGGGCGAGGAGGACCUGAGGAGCAUACUGGAGUAUGUGGAGGAGCAUGAGGGGGAGGGCUACCUGUUUCAGCACAUCGUGCACUCCUUCUGUCCCUCCAUCUAUGGCCAUGUGCUCGUUAAAGCGGGCAUCAUUCUGUCGCUCUUUGGUGGGGUGCGCAAGCACGAGGGGGACGCCAACCGCGUGCCAGUCAGGGGCGAUGUGCACGCGCUGCUAGUAGGCGACCCAGGCAUGGGCAAGAGCCAGCUGCUCAAGGCAGCAGCAACGGUGGCACCUCGCGGGGUGUACGUGUGUGGCUCUGGCGCCUCCUCUGUGGGGCUCACGGUGGCAGUGACGAAGGAUGGGCCUGGCGGGGAGUACGCAUUCGAAGCAGGAGCAAUGGUGAUGGCGGAUCAGGGCACGUGCUGCAUUGACGAGUUUGAUAAGAUGGGCAACGAGCAACAGGCGCUAUUGGAGGCCAUGGAGCAGCAGAGCGUGAGUGUGGCCAAGGCAGGUCUUCUGGCAAACUUCAGGGCGCGCACUGCAGUGCUCGCUGCUGCCAACCCCGUUGGCGGGCAUUACAAUCGAGCGCGCACACUAAACGAGAAUCUGAAGCUGUCUGCCGCCCUGCUGUCAAGAUUCGAUUUGAUCUUCAUUCUCCUGGACCGCCCAGACCACCACACGGACCAACGUCUGUCAGAGCACGUGCUACAGAUGCAUGCGGGCAUGCCAUCUCAGUCCAAGGCGUCCAAACGCAGCUCUCAUCUCUUCCUCACGGCCCCAUCAGCCACGGACGGCCAUGCAUCGCACCUCGACCUUCCUCUCUCCCACCGCCUGCGCCUGCACUCCUCUGCUGCGCGCAACUUCUCCCCCCUCUCCCCUGCUCGCCUGCGCCAGUACAUUGCCUAUGCUCGCAUGCAUGUGCACCCCAGGCUGUCAGAGGAGGCGCGUGCAGUGAUCAAGGCUUUCUACCUGCAGUUGCGAGAGCACAGCCGAGCCAUGGACGGCCCUCCAAUCACAGCACGCCAGCUGGAGAGCCUGGUCCGGCUCGCCGAGGCUCGGGCCCGCGUGGAGCUACGGGAGGAGGUUACCGAAGCUGAUGCCCAAGAGGCAGUGGAGCUGAUGGGGGAGUGUCUGCUGGAUAAGCUUUCAGACGAGGCGGGCAACAUAGAUGCGGGGCGGGGCGGCAGCUCCAGCAAGUCAAAGGAGUCAAAGCGGUUCCUGGCCACCCUGCAGCGCACCGCUAAGCAGGCCAUCAAAACAUGCUUUUCCAGAAAGGUCCGUAUUGACCCAAAAAUGUCUGAGUAG